AUGGAUUUUGACAAGUGUCACAAGUUUGUUACGAUCAGAAUUAUCUGAGAGAAAUUUGUUAUGAUCAGAAAAUCUCUCUCCGUCACCCUCCUUCCCCCCGUCGCCACCUACAACCUACUUGCAUUAACUAUCUCCGCCGCCGCCGAUCACCAAUAAGUCGCUGUUAUAUAUUCAAUUGUGCGAUUAGAGAAUGGAGCCGGAGAAAUUUAUAGUAGAGGUUGAGCCGGCGAAAGAGGCGAAAGAUGGAAAGCCGUCUAUGGGACCUGUUUACCGUAGUGUGUUCGCUAAAGACGGUUUUCCGCCUCCGAUUGAUGGUUUGAAUUCAUGUUGGGAUAUUUUCCGCCUUGCUGUGGAGAAAUAUCCGGAUAACAAAAUGCUUGGGACCCGUGAGUUUGUCAAUGGAAAGCAUGGGAAGUAUGUGUGGUUGACUUACAAACAAGUAUAUGACAAAGUGAUACAGCUUGGGAAUGCUAUACGUGCUUGUGGAGUUGAGCCAGGAGGAAAGUGUGGUAUUUAUGGUUCCAAUUGCACAGAAUGGAUAAUCAGCAUGGAGGCAUGUAAUGCUCAUGGCUUGUACUGUGUACCAUUAUAUGAUACAUUAGGUGCUGGUGCAAUUGAAUUUAUCAUAUGUCAUGCUGAGGUUACAAUUGCUUUUGUAGAAGAAAAAAAGAUUAACGAGUUGUUAAAAACAUUUCCGAAAGCUGGAGAACAUCUGAAAACAAUUGUGAGCUUUGGACAAUUUACUCCUGAACAAAGGGAACAAUUCAGUAAAUUUGGUUUGGCAAUACAUUCAUGGGAUGAGUUUUUGUCACUGGGUGAAAACAAAAAGUUUGAUCUGUCAGUGAAGGACAAAGAUGACAUUUGUACAAUCAUGUACACGAGUGGAACAACGGGUGAUCCUAAGGGUGUUCUGAUUUCCAAUAAGAACAUAGUCACACUGACAGCUGGCGUCCGGCGUUUGCUAGAGUCUUGUAAUGAAGCAUUGACUUCAAGUGAUGUGUAUCUCUCGUUUCUACCUCUAGCGCAUAUAUUUGAUCGGGUGAUUGAAGAAUGUUUUAUAUAUCAUGGGGCUUCAAUAGGAUUUUGGAGAGGGGAUGUUAAAUUACUGAUUGAAGACAUUGGGGAGCUAAAACCUACUAUUUUUUGUGCUGUUCCUCGAGUCUUGGAGAGAAUUUAUUCAGGUUUGCAGCAUAAGGUUUCUUCAGGGAGUUACUUCAAAUAUAAACUGUUUAAUCUCGCCUACUCUUAUAAGUUGCAUAACAUGAAGGGCGGAAGUAAACAUGAAGAGGCAUCUAUAUUGAGUGACAAACUUGUUUUCACUAAGGUCAAGCAAAGUCUAGGUGGCAGGGUCCGCAUCAUCCUAUCUGGCGCUGCUCCACUCGCGCCACAUGUGGAAAGCUUUCUCAAAGUGGUUGCAUGCUGCCACGUCCUACAAGGAUAUGGAUUGACGGAAACAUGUGCUGGAUCAUUUGUGUCGCUGCCAAAUCAGAUGAGCAUGGUGGGAACGGUGGGCCCGCCAGUACCAAACCUGGAUGCCCGUUUGGAGUCUGUUCCUGAAAUGAAUUAUGAUGCUGUUUCAAGUAUGCCGCCACGUGGAGAGAUAUGCAUAAGGGGAGAUACUUUGUUUUUGGGGUACCAUAAACGUCAAGACCUCACAAAAGAGGUCUUGAUUGAUGGCUGGUUUCAUACAGGUGAUAUUGGUGAGUGGCAACCAGAUGGAAGCAUGAAAGUAAUCGACCGCAAGAAAAACAUUUUUAAGCUGUCACAAGGAGAAUAUGUGGCUGUUGAAAACUUGGAGAACAUUUAUGGACUUGUUCCUGCUGUUGAUGAGAUAUGGGUGUAUGGGAAUAGCUUUGAGUCGUAUCUUGUUGCUGUUGUAAUCCCAAAUAAACAUGCUGUUGAAAACUGGGCGUCUGGGAAUAAUUUAUCAGAGGAUUUUACUUCUUUAUGUGGAAAUCCCAAGGCUAAAGAUUAUAUACUGGGAGAGCUUAAUAGAAUUGGAAAAGAGAAAAAGUUAAAAGGGUUUGAAUUUAUUAAGGCUGUACACCUUGAGCCUGUACCUUUUGACAUGGAUCGUGACCUUUUGACCCCAACUUUUAAGAAGAAACGUCCCCAGUUGCUUAAAUAUUAUCAGAGUACCAUUGAUGAUAUGUACAAGAGCCUUAAUAACAAGUGAAGUGAAGUUUGGGCUUUUCCCUUUUCCUUAAAGUUAAAGGGUUUCCUUCCUAUUUAUUUAAAUAACAUAUCCCUUUCUUUGUAUUUUGCUAUUCUUUUGACAUAAUGUUUAUGAAAACAAUUU